AUGGAAGAAAGAGACAAUGAUGAAGAAGGGUCUGUUACCAACGUACUAACAAGGAAUUUGAGGUUUCACAUGACUUUCAGGAAGCAGAAAAGCAGUUGGAAUUGGUGUCCAAACGUGGCGAAAACUCUAAAGCGCACACCUCCUUUGUUGAAGAUGGUUUCAUUGCAAGAUGAGCAGGUACCUAUAUCACACAACAUUUUCUGUCUUAUUGUUCACAUUGUUAAGACAUCACUAGCAAUGUAG